UCCGCCGGUCUUGUCUCUCUCUCUCUCGCGCUCCCUGAUGGGAAAUUAUUACAUGGUCCUGGACUAUGCUUACCCCUUAGCUGUCACCCUCUCCUAUCAUUUUUGACGCUUCUGUCCUUCUGCUCUUUCAUUGCUCGUUAGCCAUCAGGUUUGAUGUGAAUUAUCUACUGUGUGUGUUCACAUACUUUCGAACAUCAUCCUCCUUUGAGAGAUUGAAGAGCUUUCGGAUCUUAGAUGCCCUCUUUGGACCUCUCAUCCUAGGCUUCUCAGUGUCGGCCAAACCAGGAAGAUCAUUGUGACCCUUCUUCACAAUAACCAAGUUCAGAACAGAAAGAUCAGGGCUGACAAUGCACCCACGGACAGAUUUUCUCCUCCUCUCUCCAUUCCUCCUUCCGUGACCACGGCUAACACUCCCUGCUUCAUUGGGAACCCUUGCUUGUCCCAGCCUCCCAUAAUCUUAAAGAAAUAUCCCUUGAAUUCUUCUCCAAGGGCUUCUCAUCCGCUUUGUCAAGUUUUGUGGUAGUCAUCGAUUUCGAGCUUCUUCUGGCAACCGAUGGUGCGGUUGGCGAUGUUGAACUUCAGCUUGGCGGCCGCAACAGAGAGAGAGAGGCCCUGAAAGAAUGAGGCCGGGAACUACUUAUGCCUUCUCCUUCUUUUGCUUAGCUCUUUCUCAUUCGACCAACUUCUGGUUCUGAAUCUCUCUAGAUAAUUUCUUGGCCUCUCUGGCCUUCCUGUACGAUGGCUCGUCAACAGCGUUUCUUAGAAUCAUUUGAAACGAAAAUCAGCAAAUCUUCCAAUUCCAAAAGAAAACCUCACCGUAGAUCCAGCACUCCCAGUACUCCCCCGGUCAUGAAUGUGGACAUCCUGCAAUACGAGUUUUUAUUCAGAACAGAGGAUGACCCAUAUUUUUCUGGAAAGAUCACAUUCUCUUAUAGUGAAGAAAGAGAGGCGAGGUUUUUCCUUGUUAAAGACGAUGAGAUAGCAAUGAAGAUAUGGGAGGAAAGCUCAAACUUAAGACAUGAUGCAAUUUUAAAGCUUUGGUUUGUCAGCUAUUGUGACAAGUUCGAAGGUUGGAUUUUGUGCUAUGAGAAAUUCGACCAUCUUCUAACUGAAUGGCUAAAGUUAGAUGACAUCGAAACAAAGAUCAGAGAUAAUGAUUUGCUAAAUACUGAGUUUAGCCCUUCCAUUUGCACACUUAUAGAAGGAAUCAAUUAUCUCAACGAGCGUAAUCUUUUUCACGGGGGUUUGGACCAAAGCUGCAACUUCGUUGUUAUAAAUAAGGAGGUGAAAAUUAUCAAUAUCGGCAAGCAUAGCACUCGUAUGGCGGAGAUAGAUCCUGAGCAAGAUCAAGCAGCACAGCUCCUACAACUAACUAAUCUGAGGUUGAUUGAUUUAAUGGGAAUUAAAUCUUUGCUAUCCUACAUUUUGAAUAGCGCUACGCUAGACGCUUGGAUUGAACGAGACACUUUUCUCGAUUUCUUCGAAUUAGCUCGAACAUUAAGCUACAGAAUGUUCAUCUCAAUGGUUCUUAGACAUCCAUAUUUGAAGACUAGUGCUGAAGCAAGAGUCAAGACAUCUUUCGACAUUCUACGCAUCAGAGAUCGCAAUAAGACAAAAAAAGGCAUUUUUUAUAGUGCUUUGAGGAAAACACAAUUUGACAUGUAUUACCCUUGGGAUGAUGGUAUGAGCGAUCGGUUGAUAGAAGUUUAUAAUUAUAACCGUCAGGGUUGGAGGUCUAACUACAAAGGUUAUAGCAGCAAGUGCCUCCUCAUUUUCAUAAGGAAUGUAUAUUGGCAUCCCAAAACUAGCAUGGAGGCAUAUGAUUCUGAUAUUAGGACUCGAUAUCCCGAUUUUCUUAAUCGUGCUUAUGAGGCGGCAUGCAGAAUAUUUGCGGUUCAAGUGACGUUACUUAUAGAUUUGAAUAUAGAGCAGCAGUAUGUACAGAAUCAAAAUGUUGUACCCAGACGUGACAGAGGCAGAGGCAGAGGCAGAGGCAGAGGCAGAGGCAGAGUUGGCGGACGAUAAUGUUUUGAUAUGUUUGGUUACAGGGGAAAGCAUUCUAACAGACACAAGAAUUUAUGGUACUUAUAAUUGAUGUUUAUCUUGUAUUCUUCUUUCUCCUAUAUGUUUGGUGGAAAGAAAUGAAGUUUCAACAAUGCCUACUUUAGUUCGCUUUUCAUCUUGAGUUUCUAU